AUGUUAUUGGAAAAACUGGAGCAGAGAGAGACAUACCAAGGACAGGAAGGUCUCCCCAGAAAAGAAGAGCCCGUCACACUUCUGUUUCCCCACUGUGAAUGUGGAAGGGGAUCCGCCAUCGCAAAAAUCAUCGGCAGCAACGUCAUGAAUUCGAGAACAUUUGACGAAGAAGUGAAGCUCUGGGUAUUUGAAGAGACGGUCGAUGGAAGGAAUCUGUCAGAUAUCAUCAAUGAGGAACACGAGAAUACGAAGUACCUGCCGGGGUACAAGUUAACUCCUAACGUGGUGGCUGUUCCAGAUUUGGUGAAAGCGGUAAGCAAUGCUGACAUCCUCGUGUUCAUCACACCCCAUGAAUUCAUUUCAAAAACCUGCUCUGAGAUAGCGGGUCAUCUGAAACCUGAAGCAUUUGGAAUCUCCCUCUCCAAGGGAAUUCAAGAAAGUCCUGGGUCUUUGAGACUAUCCACUGACAUUAUCCGAGAGAUGCUUGGUAUUGAAAUAAGUGUGUUGAUGGGGGCUAACAUUGCUAAGGAGGUGGCUGAUGAGAAGUUCUGUGAGGCCACCAUCGGAUGCACCAACAAGAAACACGGGAACAUCUUUAAGGAAUUAUUUGAAACGGACAACUUCCGAAUGACUGUAGUAGAAGACGAUGAAACUGUGGAGCUCUGUGGAGCAUUGAAAAAUGUUGUGGCACUUGGAGCCGGCUUCAUUGAUGGCUUGGAACAGGGCGAUAACACUAAGGCAGCAGUCAUCCGCCUGGGACUGCUGGAAAUGAUAAGCUUUGCCAAGAUCUUCUGCAAGAGGCCCGUACAGCUCACCACCUUCUUGGAAAGCUGUGGGAUCGCCGACCUCAUCACCACCUGUUAUGGAGGUCGAAGCAGGAAAGUGGCUGAAGCCUUUGCACGAACGGGAAAGUCCAUUGAAGAGUUAGAAAAAGAGAUACUUAAUGGACAAAAGCUUCAGGGGCCUCCAACUGUCAGAGAAAUAUACAAGAUCCUGAAAAGCAAAAACAUGGAAAAUAAGUUUCCAAUAUUUGUCUGCAUCUAUGAAAUAUGCUGUGAGGGAAAGCCAGUGAAUGAGUUCAUCUGUUGCCUGCGGAAUCUUCCACAACAUAAAUCAGCUAGUUGA